AUGGCUACAAAAAGUAUACCAAAAAGUUUUUAUGAACUUGAAGAAAAAAAUAUCCAAAGGAUACCAGUUAAAUUUAGUGAAUUUAAAGGAAAAGUAGUUCUAGUUGUUAAUGUAGCUUCAGGAUGCGAAUUUACUAAGCAAUAUAAAGAUUUGCAAGAACUUUAUGAUAAAUAUGAGUCCGAAGGAUUCGAAAUCCUUGGAUUUCCUUGUAACCAAUUUGCUGAACAAGAACCUGAAGAUAACGAAGCUAUUGAAAAAUUUGUCAGCAAUAGAUUUUCUUUAACUUUUCCAUUGUUCCAAAAGAUCGAAGUUAAUGGGCCCGAUGCUUCAUCUGUUUAUCAAUUCCUUAAAUAUCAUAAUCCUGGUGACAUUAAAUGGAAUUUUGAGAAAUUUGUGAUUGAUCGCAAAGGAAAUGUUAGGGGAAGAUAUUUAUGUCCGGAAGUGCCUGGUGUUGGAAAUGCAAGUACAUUACUUUUUGAUGUUAUCAAAGAGAGUGCUUAA